AUGCUAUCCCCGUCGGCCCUACUCCCCUUCCUCCUCCACCACCUCCUCCUCCUUCUCCUGCUCGGCACGGCCCUGGCGGAGUUGGCGCCACCGUGCGACCCUGACGCGUGUCGUCUGCCGGACUGUCGCUGUGACGGCGUGACGUCAUCACCGGGUGGGCUGCGGCGGGAGCAGACGCCGCAGAUGGUCGUGCUAACGUUUGACGACCACUUCAACCACCACGGUCACGCCGACCUGCGUCGGCUGCGACUGUUCGACCUGACCCGGGUCAACCCGACCGGAUGUCCGGUCGGCGCGACAUUCUUCGUGUCGCACACCGCGACGGAUUACAUCAUCAUCGAGGAAUAUUACCUGCGUGGCCACGAGAUCGGCGUGCACUCGAUAACGACAAAAAUUCAUGUAAAUGAACACAACCCUAUUCUAACAACUAAGAUACUCAUGAUCUACGUGCCGCUAGUGUCGUGGUCGGGGACGGAGGAUGGCGAGGAGUGUUCGAUGAUGGAUGACGGUGCCUGCACGCAACCGCAGACAGCAGACGAGAUGGUAGAGUGGAUGUGGAGCAACUUUCUACGUCAUUACGAUACGAACCGCGCGCCGUUCAGUGUCUUCCUCCACGCGCGCUACUUCCGUGACUACCCUUACGCGCUGGAGGGCAUGAACAUGUUCCUAGACCGACUCUCUCAGCAUGACGAUGUCUUCCUGGUGACCGUGGGGCAGGUAGUGGAGUGGAUGAGACAUCCCGCACCGCUGAGUGACAUCGCCACCUUCAAGCCGUGGCAGUGCGACAGGGUGUCGCUGCAGAGGCCGACUAGGUGCGUUCGCACGCUGCACGCUACGUGCGCCUUCAGGAAGCCGGUCACCUACCUGAACACGUGCUCCCCGUGCCCCUGCUUGUUCCCCGGCCUCGGCAACCCGGCGGGAAGCUGUGAAGAUGACGUGUGAUGGCUAAGCGGAUGUCCGGUGCUAGUUGUCAAUGUCUACACAUGAUGAUUUAUAUACAGGGUGUGUGUGCGUGUGUGUGUGUGUGUGUGUGUGCGCGUGUGCGUGUGUGUGCG